CUGGCGCAUCAAAUUGCGUCUGCGCUUUAUAUCAAACUUCUCCCGAGAUUACUGGGAUCCUCUUCGAGACAUUUGCAUGUUUUGGAUACAUUUUUUGCUAUAUAAAAAAAAAAAAAGCAGAACCUCAUCAGUGGAAACUUUUUAGUUAUCGAAUAUUCAACUGGUAAACUGGUUUUGGUUCCUUUGCGCUGUUCCAAACAAUGUAGUUUCAAAGGAUCACGGUCCGCUGCUUAAUCAUAACGUUAUCAAAACCGCCGUUUGAAUAUGUAUUAAAGUAGGCUAUUAUCUGUUUCCAUACGCUGACGCCGGCAUCGUGUGAGAACCUGCCAACGCCUUUUCUCUCUUCGGCUUCGUUAUUCUGCGAGCUGUAGGAGAAGAUUGUUACGUCAGACUACAGCAUCCCGUUUUAAAGGUUGUAUUUUCCCCUUGUAUUCGUUUUUAUAAACGUUAAAAAAUGGGUUGCACGUUAAGUGCUGAAGAUAAAGCAGCGAUGGAGAGGAGUAAGAUGAUUGAUCGGAACCUGCGAGAGGACGGAGAGAAGGCGUCCAGAGAAGUCAAACUACUGCUGCUCGGUGCUGGGGAAUCAGGGAAGAGCACAAUAGUGAAGCAAAUGAAGAUCAUUCAUGAAGACGGCUAUUCAGUUGAAGAGUGUAAGCAGUAUAAAGUGGUGGUUUACAGCAACACUAUCCAGUCCAUCAUUGCCAUCAUCAGGGCCAUGGGCCGCUUAAAGAUCGACUUUGGGGAUCAUACAAGAGCAGAUGAUGCUCGUCAGCUCUUCGUGCUUGCCGGCACUGCAGAAGAAGGGAUCAUGACCCCUGAGCUCUCUGGGGUCAUCUGCCGUUUGUGGAAAGAUGAAGGAGUACAGAAAUGUUUCGCCAGAUCACGAGAGUAUCAGCUCAAUGACUCUGCGUCCUACUAUCUGAAUGACCUAGAUAGGAUAUCCCAGCCCAACUACAUGCCCACUCAACAAGAUGUGCUGAGAACUCGGGUCAAGACCACUGGCAUUGUAGAAACACACUUCACCUUCAAAGAGCUCUACUUCAAGAUGUUUGAUGUUGGUGGCCAGCGUUCAGAGCGGAAGAAAUGGAUUCAUUGUUUUGAGGGAGUCACUGCCAUUAUCUUCUGUGUGGCUCUCAGUGACUAUGACCUGGUCCUAGCUGAGGAUGAGGAGAUGAAUCGGAUGCAUGAGAGCAUGAAGCUCUUUGACAGCAUCUGCAACAACAAGUGGUUCACAGACACGUCCAUCAUCCUCUUCCUCAAUAAGAAGGAUCUGUUUGAGGAGAAGAUCAAGAGAAGUUCACUCACAAUAUGCUACCCAGAAUACUGCGGAUUGAACACGUAUGAGGAGGCAGCAGCCUACAUCCAAUGCCAGUUUGAGGAUCUGAACAGACGAAAGGACACAAAAGAGAUCUAUACGCACUUCACCUGUGCCACGGACACGAAGAAUGUACAGUUUGUGUUUGAUGCCGUCACUGAUGUCAUCAUCAAGAAUAACCUCAUAGAGUGUGGCCUCUAUUGAAGCAUCAUCAUUCUGCUAAGUUAUUUAAGGAAGAUUUUGGAUCUUUACUGGCUAAUUGCCUCUGAUUAUCCAUGUUUUCUUUGGAAGAGAAUGACCGAGAAAGACUGCAACCUCACUGCAUGCAGUCUUUACACUAAGUGCAGUACUUAUGCCCAUGGACAGCAAUAUGGAGACUCACUUUUCUUUUGAUGCUCUCACUGUAAUGCCCAUUAUUUCUUUGCCACUUGCUUAUAGUCUUUGUUAUUGUCAGGACAGCUUCAUUCUGUUCAUUUCCUGUUUCCUCAGUUGGUACACAUGACACAGUACUAUGCAUUGAUCAAAAUCCACCCUGGUCGGUAUUAUUACACUAUGUGCUAAAUGCCAUUACAUCAAAUUGUGUUGUUUUUAAUGUUUGCUAACUACAAUGUUUGAAAUUGAAUUCUCUCAAUAACAGUGUAUAACGUUAUUGCUUGUUUUGUAAUAGUAUUCUGCUAUUUAUUAAUUAUUUAGGGUUGUCUUCAAGUAUAUUUGCAUAUGUUGCAGAAUUUCAAAGAAUUAGAUUGCUAUGAUGAAUGAAACUGAACUAGUUAAAUGGAAUUUUGGUUUAUUACACUUAGAUCAUAGUGUUAUUGUUCCUUCUUCAUAGCCAAACACACUCCAUAACAGUACGCUUUGUUUAGCUUUAUUUUUUCCACUAAUCAGUUUAUAUAACACACUAUUUGGUAUAUAUACCUCUUCAGGGUAGGGUUGCAGGAAACUUAAGUUCUCAUGUAAGUUGGGACGUAAAGUUCACACUAAGGGCUUAGUAACUACUAGUUAGUUUGUAAAUAAGUCAGAGCUUAAUUUGGUUGCACCACCUGUUCUUAAGGCAAGACUUAACUAUUAGGUCAUAAGCUCUCUGUAGUGUAAUGUGUAGUCGCAUAAUAUGACGUUUACCUGUAUUUAUCCAAUGAACAGCCUUCAAAUUUGUACACAGAAGUGUUAAAAAUCCAUGAACUUCAAUUUGAUCUUGUUACGGUUGAUGUUCAAACCUUGUUUGCUCACGUAAUUGUCAGCUGUAAUAAAUUAAAUCCCCAUUAAAAUAUGAUACGUAAUAAAAGUUGAUUUGUGUAAAUAACAAUAUAUAGGAACUGUAUCUAAAAUAAAAAAAUAGACACUUAUUCAUUUUAAUAUCAUAUAUUUUAAAAUGUGUUGAAACAUGACACUGGGCGACGCACCGUUAGAUCGGUUUCAUGCUGAAGAGCCGCUUAAAAGUACUUUUUUUUUUCUCUCUCUCCUAAAUGUAAGUGUAAAUGUCAACAUCAUACUGUAUGUCGAAAGGACUGAAGCCGGUCAUGCAAAACAUGAGUUCAUUGAUGUCAUAAAAUAUCAGUCUGCUUUUUUAUUCCAUCAGUUACUCCUGGUCGGAGGCUUCCGUAAAUAUUUAGUUUAUACGUAGGGUUACAUCCUACCUGAGUUUAAUGGUGCAACGCUCAAAUAUUUAGUAGAGCGUAAAUUGUGACUUAGUGCCCAUUUACGCCACAACUGGGCUAAGUUUUAACUUACGUAUAGCUGGUGCAACCGGCCCCAGGAGAGUGUGAGUUAUUAACAAAUGCUUGUCUCACAGAUACAUUUUUGAAUGGUGCAAAUAUAAUGACCAUGUGUUGGUUCAAGAACAUUUUGGAACAUAUACCAUAAAAACAGAAAGAUUACUUGCAUGAUGGCCGGAUUUGUAUUUGUGUCUUGAUGGAGUACAGCCUUUUUUAAGACUUGUUUAAUGUGAUUCUUUUUUAAUCCUGUGGAUUUCAGUAUUUUUAAACAAACUGACACAAUGUGAUGUGGUUUUUAAUACAUUUUUAAAUAUGAAAAGGGUUUCUGUUAAUUUCGCCUUUGAUGUCCAUAACAUGCUUUUCACUCUGUACAGAAUUGUUUUUUUUUUUGUUUGUUUUUUUUAAGUUUCUACCUUUAUACAGUACCCAGUAAAAAGUGAAUGCAAGACAGUCAUUAUCAUGUUUUACAAGUAUGACAUAUUCAAAUAUGUGGGCUUGACAUUGAUGUACUCAGUUAUUUUGUCUAGAUUUAUAUUUGUUAUAUUUCAACAAUCCAUGAUUCCUACUUUUACAUCACUGUGCUUUUUUAUAUAUUUUAAACCAGAAAGUGCAAAUGAACAACUAACAUUAAUGAUUGCACUGAAUCGCAGAAUUAUUAUGUGACAACCCUUGAUUUGAUUGCUUUCAUUAUUUAAUGGGUUUGUUGUAUUUGAGUCUAAAUUGUUUUAAUCAUAUAAAAUUGUAAUUGACCAUAAUACAGUCUCAAGUUUUACAAGAUGCAUAUGCAAUUAUCUAUGUUUAAAACCCUAAAAUCUUUGGAAAGUACAUCAAUACAUGGAUUUGACCAGAUACAACUAUUUUAACAACAUACUGUAAGUGUUAAAAAAACAAAAAGUCAUAUAUAUUCUUUUAUUACAUAAUUCUUUAUGUAAUUGUAGUCUUCAAAGUUCAAACAUUGAAGUUCUUGACAGACUGAGUAUAUGAACAUUUUUAUUUUACUAAAAUUUAUACCCCAAAUAUGUACUUGGCAGUUUGUCUUAUUUUGGCAAGAUAUUGUACUGUAUCUGAUAUGAAAUGAUUUUGCAAAUGUUGUGCAAUUGCUAUGUGUUGUUCCUUUCUUUAUUUCCCAUGUUUCCACUGUACUUUCCAGUUGUUUUCUGAUUGUGGCUAUAAAUGUGUGUUUACAUGCAGUCUCUUGAAUGUUAGAUAUCUCUUUUACUCAUUUUAGCUGUUGUAAUGACACCUCUAAUACACAUUUUUCAUUGAGAGGGUUUUGUACUGUGGUAAAUUCAGAAUUAAAUUGACACAAAAGGUCGUGUUUGAAAACAUGUUUGAAUACAUUAGUUCCAAUAAUGCAAGGUCGCUGCUUUGUAAAAGUGUUAGUACAUUACCGCUAAUGGGCAGUUAAUUGCAGCAACUGUACAUUUACACAUAAUAGUAAUCUGACACCAGCGAGCAGUGGAAUUGAUGCAAGUCUUUAUUUCAUUUGCCUACAUUUAAAUCCAGAACAUCACCACAAAUUCAUACCUCAUGUUUAAAACAAAACAACAUGCCUUCCUAGAAAUUUCUCGUGUUACUGUAUUACUGUUUCAUAAAUAUAUAGAUUGAUGUCUCCAUAAACAUUUUAUAUAGAAUCUUCUUUGAAAUAGAAUUUUUCUUUUUUUUUCUUUUUUUUUUUUUUUUGCCUACUCUUAUUUACAAAACAUACUGCCAUACCAUGUUUGGGGCUGAAGAAGAAACAUCUUUCACAUAUUGUCUGAGCUGUUUAAAUUAAAACAGUCAGGUCUUGUUGAUAUGUAAGUUUUUACUCAUCAACUUUCUCAUAGGAGAUUGAAAACCUAGAUACUUUGUAGUACUGUACAUAAAAUAAUGUUUCUAAUUGUUAACAUGGGAUGCCGAUGUCCCACUAAAAUGACUUUAAUACAGCAAAUUUUAGUUGCAUUAAAUUUACUUUUCUUUCUCUGGAAAUUAAAAAAAAAAAAAUAACAAUAA